AUGAACAAAAAAUCAGAAAGUAAAUUAAGUAAGAAAUAUAUAUUUAGUGAAGAUGACUUUUUUAGCUAUGUUGAUUCUUCUGCUUUUAUUUUUUAUAUUUUUUUAACAAUAGGUUCCCUUUUUAGUGCACUGUUUAUUAAUUCACAGUUUGCUAUUUAUGGAUUAAUUCCUCUUUCAUUUUCAAAUAUGGUUGGUUGUUAUCCUUCUGAAAAAUAUAUCUUGUAUGUUGUAGAUAUGACUUAUAUAUUCUAUGGAUUGUUAUUUUACAAAAGAUAA